CAUGGAUCUGCGUCUCUCUGCCUGCAUCCUGAUGGUACUUUGUGCAACAUCGUGUGCAAAUGGAGGAAAUAUUUUGGUGUGGUACGCCGAUGCCAGCCACUGGAUAAACAUGAAACCUGUUCUGGAGACGCUGGUUGACAGGGGACACCAGGUAACUGUACUGAUUCCGAGCUCGUCAGUAUACAUGAACACCAAUGAACCCACCCGCUUUCACUAUGAGCCCUUCAAUGUCUCUUUCUCAUUGGAGGCUUAUAAGAAGCUUCUAGAAGACUUCCUCCAAUUCUCCAUAUACGAGAUUGAUUAUAUGAAUUACUGGAAGAUCUACAUCAGAUACAUUAACAUUUCAAAGACAAACCUUCAGUACAAUAUCCAGUAUUUGGACGGUGUGGUGAAAUCAGAAGCCAUUAUGAAGAAGUUGAAAGAGGGAAAUUAUGACCUUCUCUUGGCUGACCCCUGGAAAGCUGGCAGUGACUUGGUAGCAGAUAUUUUGGGGAUCCCACUCGUCUUCUCCUUGCGCUUCUCCUUAGCUAAUAACUGGGAGAGGCAUUGUGGUCAGAUGCCUGCUCCACCAUCCUUUGUUCCCGGUGCCAUGAGCAAACUCACAGAUAAGAUGGACUUCUCAGAGAGAGUGUGGAACUUUCUCUUCUACGCUCUCCAAGACAUCGUGAUUGAUCACACUUUUUGGAACAUAUUAGACAGAUAUUACUCUGAUGUCAAAGGAACUCCCACCAGUGCCUGUGAGUUGAUGAGUAAAGCAGAUAUCUGGUUAAUCCGAACCUACUGGGAUUUUGAAUUCCCUCGUCCUUUCCCCCCCAACUUCAAAUAUGUUGGGGGGAUCCACUGCAGACCUGCUAAACCUCUACCAGGGGAUCUGGAGGAAUUUGUGCAGAGUUCUGGAGAUGAUGGCAUUGUGAUCUUCACUUUAGGAUCCCUGAUCAACAACAUCACCAAGGAGAAGGCAAACAUGAUAGCCUCAGGCCUCGCUCAGAUCCCACAAAAGGUGGUGUGGAGGUACAUAGGAGAAAAACCAGAAACCUUGAGUGCCAACACUAGAAUAUAUGACUGGAUCCCUCAGAACGACCUCCUGGGUCACCCUAAAACUAGAGCUUUCAUCACUCAUGGAGGCACAAAUGGGAUUUAUGAAGCCAUCUACCACGGAGUACCCAUGGUGGGCAUACCCAUGUUUCUUGACCAGCCAGACAACAUGAUCCAUAUGAAGGAAAAAGGAGCUGCAGUUAUUCUCAAUUUGAACUACGUGACAGCUGAGGAUCUAAGAGAUGCAGUCAACACAGUCAUCGAUGAUAAAUCGUACAAAGAAAAUGCUAUGCGGUUGUCCAGCAUCCACCACGACAGACCCAUGAGUGCUUUGGAAGAGGCAGUAUUCUGGAUCGAGUUCACACUGAAAAACAAAGGGGCCAAGCACUUGAGGGUCCAGGCCCAUGAGCUCACCUGGUACCAGUAUCACAGCCUGGAUGUCUUGGGCUUCAUCCUCACUAUAGCUCUACUCCUCAUAUUCAUCUUCAUAAAGACCUGCAGUUUCUGUCUGUACAGGUGCUGUGUCAGGAGAGGAAAGACCAAAAGGAAGGCUGAAAUCAGACCAUGGGUAGUUUUCCUGCUGACAUUCAGACACCAUGAAUCUGCGUCUCUCUGCCUGCAUCCUGCUGAUACUUUGUGCGACAUGGAGUGCAAAUGGAGGAAAUAUUUUGGUGUGUACACUGAUGGCAGCCACUGGAUAAACAUGAAGCCUGUUCUAGAGACGCUGGUUGACAGAGGACACCAGGUAACUGUACUGGUCCCAAGCUCAUCAAUGUACAUGAAAACCAAUGAACCUGCCCGCUUUCACUAUGAGCCCUUCAACGCCUCUUUCUCAUUGGAGACUAUAGAAGAUUUUUUGGAAGAGCUCCUCCAAUUCGUAUUAUACGAGUUGGAUUAUAUGAACUACUGGGAGAUCUUCACCAGAUCCGUUAAAUAUGUGAACACACACAUUCAGAUUUCUUUUCAGUAUUUGGAUGGUGUGGUGAAAUCAGAAGUCAUCAUGAAGAAGUUGAAAGAGGGAAAUUACGAUCUUCUCUUGGCGGACCCCGUCAAAGCUGGCAGUGACUUAGUAGCAGAUAUUUUGGGGAUCCCACUCGUCUUGUCCUUUCGCAGCUCCCCAGUUAAUAACUGUGAGAGGCAUUGUGGUCAGAUGCCUGCUCCACCAUCCUUUGUUCCCGGUGCCAUGAGCAAACUCACAGAUAAGAUGGACUUCUCAGAGAGAGUGUGGAACUUUCUCUUCUACGCUCUCCACGACAUUGUGAUUAAUCACACUUUUUGGAACGUAUUAGACAGAUAUUACUCUGAUGUCAAAGGAACUCCCACCAGUGCCUGUGAGUUGAUGAGUAAAGCAGACAUCUGGUUAAUCCGAACCUACUGGGAUUUUGAAUUCCCUCGUCCUUUCCCCCCCAACUUCAAAUAUGUUGGUGGGAUCCACUGCAGACCUGCUAAACCUUUACCGGAGGAUCUGGAGGAAUUUGUGCAGAGUUCUGGAGAUGAUGGCAUUGUGAUCUUCACUUUAGGAUCCAUGAUCAACAACGUCACCAAGGAGAAGGCAAACAUGAUAGCUUCAGGCCUCGCUCAGAUCCCACAAAAGGUGCUGUGGAGGUACAAAGGAGAAAAACCAGAAACCUUGAGUGCCAACACUAGAAUAUAUGACUGGAUCCCUCAGAAUGACCUCCUAGGUCACCCUAAAACUAGAGCUUUCAUCACUCACGGAGGCACAAAUGGGAUUUACGAAGCCAUCUACCACGGAGUUCCCAUGGUGGGCAUCCCAAUGUUCGGUGACCAGCCAGACAACAUGGUCCAUAUGAAGGAAAAAGGAACUGCAGUUAUUCUCAAUUUGAACUUCAUGACAGCUGAGGACCUAAGAGAUGCAGUCAACACCGUCAUCGAUGACAAAUCGUACAAAGAAAAUGCUAUGCGGUUGUCCAGCAUCCACCACGACAGACCCAUGAGUGCUCUGGAAGAGGCAGUAUUCUGGAUCGAGUUCACACUGAAAAACAAAGGGGCCAAGCACUUGAGGGUCCAGGCCCAUGAGCUCACCUGGUACCAGUAUCACAGCCUGGAUGUCCUGGGCUUCUUCCUCGCUAUAGUUUUACUCCUCAUAUUCAUCUUCAUCAAGACCUGCAGUUUCUGUCUGCACAAGUACUGUGUCAGGAGAGGAAAGACCAAAAGGAAGGCUGAAUAA